CUAAGUAACCUGAAACAAGUCACAAUUGUGGACGUGUCAGCAAACAAGCUCCAUUCUAUUCCAAUUUGUGUACUCCGGAUGUCUAAUUUGCAAUGGUUGGAUAUUAGCAGCAACAAUCUGAAAGAUCUCCCAGAAGACAUAGACAGGUUAGAUCAAUUGCAGACACUUCUCCUACAGAAAAACAAGUUGACUUACCUUCCACGAGCUCUGGUCAAUAUGCCAAAGCUCAGUUUGCUUGUUGUCAGUGGUGAUGACCUAGUUGAGAUACCCACAGCUGUCUGUGAGUCAACCACAGGUUUAAAAUUCAUAAGUCUGAAGGACAGCCCAGUUGAAACUAUUGUAUGUGAAGACACUGAAGAAAUUAGAGAAAGUGAACGUGAACGGGAACAAUUUGAGAAAGAGUUUAUGAAAGCAUACAUUGAAGAUCUGAAGGAAAGAGAUUCUACUCCUUCCUACACUACAAAAGUAUUACUCAGUCUUCAGCUCUGA